AUGGGACUCCUCAACGAUAUCAGUGGCGCCGCGACUGCGAUCACAUCGACAUGGACUGGCAUUACACUCACAAUCUUCGGCGCUAUCGCGUCCGCAAUACUUCUAAACGUAGCGCGACAGCUUCUCCUCCGCAACCCGAACGAGCCACCAAUCGUCUUCCAUUGGGUCCCUUUCAUCGGCAGUACGAUCACGUACGGCAUCGAUCCGUAUCGCUUCUUCUUCGCCUGUCGCGAGAAAUAUGGCGACAUCUUCACCUUCAUUUUGCUGGGGAAGAAAACGACAGUAUGCUUAGGCACGAAGGGUAACGACUUUAUCCUGAACGGGAAGCUGAAGGAUGUCAACGCGGAAGAGAUAUACAGCCCGUUGACAACACCAGUUUUUGGAAAGGAUGUGGUGUAUGACUGUCCCAACGCAAAGUUGAUGGAGCAGAAGAAGUUCGUGAAAUUUGGCUUGACGUCUUCUGCCUUGCGGUCAUACGUGCAACUUAUCGGCCAGGAAACUCGUAGUUUCUUCGCUCGUGAUGCCGUCCACAAGCGCUUCGCGUCCACCUCCGGCACCGUGGAUAUUCCACCAACCUUUGCGGAGUUGACCCUCUACACUGCCUCUCGCUCGCUUCAAGGCAAGGAGGUUCGUGAAAAGUUCGACUCGACGUUCGCAGAUUUGUUUCACGAUCUGGACAUGGGAUUUACACCUAUCAACUUCAUGUUGCCAUGGGCGCCGUUACCGCAAAACCGAAAGCGGGAUAUUGCUCAGCGGAAGAUGGCCGAGACAUACACGUCCAUCAUCGAGCAACGACGAAAGCAGGGCAACCUCAAGUCGGGGAACCGCGAAGAGGAUAUGAUCUGGAAUUUGAUGAACUGCACGUACAAGGACGGCACCCCUGUUCCGGAUCGUGAGGUGGCCCACAUGAUGAUCGCUCUGCUCAUGGCUGGACAGCAUUCUUCGUCCUCAACUUCGUCCUGGAUUUUCCUGCGGCUGGCUUCACGACCAGACAUCCAAAAAGAGUUGCUAGAGGAGCAAAAGCAGGUGCUGGGCGUCAAAUCAGACGGCACUAUCAACGACCUGAGUUACGAGGAGCUUAGCCGUCUUCCGCUGCAUAAUCAGGUUGUCAAAGAGACUCUCCGUAUCCAUACCCCCAUCCACAGCAUUUUGCGCAAGGUCAAGCAGCCCAUGCAUGUGGAAGGCACGCCCUACACGAUCCCACCCACCCACUCACUGCUUGCCACACCCGGCGUGACCGCUCGGACGGCCGAGCACUUUCCAGAACCAUUGUCGUGGGAGCCACACCGUUGGGACGAAUCACCAUCCGACAAGCACGCAAGGUUAGCUCCUACGUACCUUAAGGAAGGUGUGGUGGAGGAGAAGGAGGACUACGGCUACGGCGAGAUCUCCAAGGGAGCCGCGAGUCCGUACCUACCUUUUGGCGCGGGUAGGCACAGGUGCAUUGGCGAGCAAUUUGCUUACCUGCAGCUGCAGACCAUCCUGGCGACUGUCGUUCGAGAGUUCAAGUUCAGCAACGUCGAUGGCAGCGACAAGGUUGUAGGCACAGAUUACAGCUCGCUAUUCUCACAACCGAUGCGGCCGGCUGUAGUCAAGUGGGAGCGGAGAGAGAAGGCAUGA